CUGCCACACCACUUUUCGACCGUAUUUACCGUUCACACUCACAAAACAGCUGAAACUCAAGCGGAUUUGGAAAAAUAAAUUAUUUCGCAGUUUCCAAACUUUGAGCGGUACAUAAAAACAAGGUUAAUAUGGCUAUUGACUGGUUUGGUUAUGCAUACGCUGCCACAGUUGCCGCUGGCGGAAUAAUGGGUUAUGCGAAAGCUGGCUCUAUACCAUCACUUGGCGCUGGCUUAGCUUUUGGAGCAUUGCUGGGCUAUGGUGCUCACAUGAACUCGCAGGAUCCACCACGCCCUCUGCUCCAGUUGGGCACAUCAUUAUUCUUGGCUGGACUUAUGGGAGCUCGCUGGAAUCGGUCAGGAAAAAUUAUGCCAGCUGGAGUUGUCUGUAUGCUUUCAGUGGCUGCUCUUGUCAAGAACUUGGUCACAUAUAAUCGCUACUUGCCAGUGCCUACAAAGGGUGCAUAGAAAACUGAAAUAUGGAGAAAUUCUUGGUUGCUAUUGAACUUGCCGGCAUAUACUUUAAUAUAAGUUUUUAAUAUUUUUCAUAUUCUGAGAGUGGACAUGUAACAUGAAUGGUGUAUGGUCUUAUUAUAUUAAAAAUAAAAUGAGUAAUUUUCACUCUAAAGAUAAGAUAACGAUAAA